UCUCCAACAUUUUAGUAUCACUUACGUAAAAGAUACAUGGCGUUCUACUAUAAAAAAAAAGAAGACUGUGGACUGUGGUAUAUAAGCUAUAAACACACACGGGAGUCGUACAUCAACACACGAAAGUCGUAUUUAAAUAAACACGUUAGUCAUAUAUACCAACACGAGAGGAGGGUACACCAUAUAUUCCAAGAAGCAGCUGCACAGAAAUAGUAGUAUACAUACGUUUGAACACAAUGGCAAAGGAAGCUCGCGCCCAUAAACCUGACCCUCAGGGUGUGCUGUUCCCCAAGGAUAGGAAGGGUGGUCGAUCUACCCAGGAUGCAGGUCGAGAGGCAUAUGCCGCAGCUAUCGGCGCAAUGGAAAUCCGGGAUGGAGCCAAUUGUACAGCUGAAAAGGGCUGGAGAUAUGGCUAUGCCAAGCAUGUUAUGCAAUUCGUAGAACUGUCCCUAAAGAGCCCGGAACACGCCGUAAAAGGGGCACAGGCGGGACUAGACUUUGUCCAUGACCACUUCGAGUUUAAACGUGGGGACAAGAUCAUGAGCAUCUCCGAGGCCAUGUCUUCGAUCAAGGAUUCGUUCGAGACAGGAUACAUCAAAGGUGAAAAGGGGGGUGAGAAAGUGACUGAGUUUGAGAUCCCAUAUAAGGGUCGCAUGUUGAAGGGGCGGUCUCUGUGCGAUCAGGUGGAUAAGUGGGUUCUAGAGGGCGUCAUUGAACCAGAUUGUGGAGAGUACAUCAAGGCUGCCGCAACCACGAAGACGUGGCUUGACCUCAGCGACAAGUAUUUUGUACUGCUAGGUGCAGGCAGUGCAAUGGGGCCGUUCAUCGCGCUGACCAAACUGGGUGCCAAUAUUAUUGCCCUGGAUCUGGACAGGCCGGGUAUUUGGGAGCGCCUGAUCACCACUGUGAGAAAGAGCAACGCAACCAUAACAUUCCCGCUUAAGAAAGCCCAGGCUCAGUGCACCAGCGAUACCGAACUCUUCGCCAACGCUGGCUGCAACCUGUUCUCCGAAACGCCGGAGAUCAAGAACUGGCUGAUCAACGUCCACCCGAGCAAGGCCUUUAUCAUCGGCGCGUACGCAUAUCUAGACGGAGAGCUGCACGUGCGCGUGUCGCUGGCUAUGGACGCUAUCAUUGCCGGUGUGUGUGAGAAGCGACCCGAGGCUUCUGCGGCGUAUCUGAUGACUCCUACACACAUCUACGGUUGCCAGGAGGAGACGGCCCAGGCUUCACGCGUGCAGUACAGUGCCGGAGGUGCGUAUAACAACUUCUUCCACUUCUUGAACUUCGUCUCGGGCGGAAAGCUGUGCCAGCCUUCGACCGCUCUGAAGGUAUACACGGACGUGCAUGGCGAGCCCGUGAACAUCAUCGACUCGCUGUCUCUGACGCAGGGACCCAACUACGCCCUCGCCAAACAGAUCCAAGUGUGGCGUGCAGUAGUGGAGAAAACCCGCGGCCAUGGUGUGUCAUCCAACGUCGCCCCCACCACAGCCACCGCAUCUGUCCUGUACUCCAAGUCGCUCAAAUGGGCUAUGGACGGGUACCAUCGUUUCCGACCUGUUGAGAUCAUGCAACAGGAGACGUCCAACGCCGUCAUGUGUGCGUUGCUGAUCAACGAUGUGAACAACAAGGAGUGCAACGCGCACAAGGACAAGAAGCUGGCACACCCAUGGGACCUGUUCAAUGACGGUCAAUUCCACGGUGGUAUGUACCGGUGUGGGUAUGCCUUCGGCUCGACUGGGGAAGCGGCUGUCCUGUCCAAAUUUUUGGGACCGAUCCUGGACUUCAUGGAGUUUUUUUGGUCCGCUUAAGGCCCUGAAAAUCCUGGUGGUUGCGGAGGGUGUUCUUUGUAUGCGCCAGACGAAGGCGCUUCGUGGCGAAUAAUUAGAAAUAAAUAAAAUAUACAACAGUGCAAGAGACCUAAGAACACCACAGUGAUUUCUAGCAAGGUUAACUAGC